CUGGGGGCGGGCCGGGGGCGGAGCGCGGGGCUCCGGCUGCUCUGGCGGCUCCCGCGGCUCCGGCUGGCGGCUUCGGGCCCUGCACCUGUGACUCUCGGCAGCGCUAGCCCUCGGCCCGCCUGGCGCCGCAGCCCCAUGGCCCCGUCCCGGCUGCAGCUCGGCCUCCGCGCCGCCUACUCCGGCAUCAGCUCCGUGGCCGGCUUCUCCAUCUUCCUCGUCUGGACGGUGGUCUACCGACAGCCGGGGACCGCGGCCAUGGGAGGGCUCGCAGGGGUGCUGGCACUGUGGGUCCUGGUGACUCACAUUAUGUACAUGCAAGAUUACUGGAGGACCUGGCUCAAGGGGCUGCGCGGCUUCUUCUUCGUGGGUGUCCUCUUCUCGGCUGUCUCCAUCGCUGCCUUCUGCACCUUCCUCGUGCUGGCCAUCACCCGGCAUCAGAGCCUCACAGACCCCACCAGCUACUACCUCUCCAGUGUCUGGAGCUUCAUUUCCUUCAAGUGGGCCUUCCUGCUCAGCCUCUAUGCCCACCGCUACCGGGCUGAUUUUGCCGACAUCAGCAUCCUCAGCGAUUUCUGACCCGGGGGUGAGGUCUCUGUACCCCGGGGGUUCCUUAGGACCUGGACUCAGCCUCUGAGACGUUGGGAGAGGCUACUCCCACCCCCUGGGAACCCCAGAACUGUGGCAGAAAAUACACAGCAGGACGAGUGUGGUCUCCCAGGAAGCUGUCCCGCCCGUCCCCUUUAGGGGAGACCUGGGUGUGAUAGACAGGGGAUCCUGCCAUGUUGCUCCUCAUCAGCCUGUCCAGAGGGCAGCUUUAGACCUCUUCAAAUGGAUCUGUUUUCUUUUCUUCUUCUUCUUCUUUUAUUUUUUUUUUUGAGAUGGAGUCUUACUCUUAUCACCCAGGCUGGAGUGUAGUGGCACAAUCUCAGCUCACUGCAACCUCCACCUCCCGGGUUCAAGCAAUUCUCCUGCCUCGGCCUCCCAAGUAGCUGGGAUUACAGGCAUCUGCCACUAUGCCUGGCAAAUUUUUGUGUUUUUAGUAGAGACGGGGUUUUGCCAUGUUAGCCAGACUGGUCUUGAACUCCUGACCUCAGGUGAUUUCACCCGUCUCAGCCUUCCAAAGUGCUGGUAUUACAGGCGUGAGCCACUGUGCCCGGCCUGGAUCUGUUUUCUUAGCACGCAGUGAGGAAUCUUUGUAUGUAAGGCCAGGGCAACAAAGUCAAGAGGUUAAGGGGUAGGGCCAUGAGGCCUGGACCUAUGCUGCAGGCAAGGGCUUUCAUCCCUGCUGCCCUAGGCACUCUCUUCCCAAGGCCAGGAUGGGCACCUGGGGAGGUCAGUUCAGGAAUAUCUAGCAGAGACCUCUUAAGCCCCCAUCCCAGCACCCCAUCCUGUUGUUCCCAGAGCUGGUCUCCCAUGAGUGUGCUACAGCCAGAUAGCCAUGGCCCCUCACCCAUCUCACCCACACACACAGGCAUCCAUAUAUCCCAGAGGACUUCCAAAUGAGGCCAGACUCAGGGUCAUGGGGAAUGUGCUCUCGCCCCUGGAAGGGCUUUGGGGAAGGGGGCAACAUGGCAGAGGCUGGAAGGAGCCCCCAAACCUGUUCCCAUGCCCUUCUAGCCCUGCGUUUCCACUCUGCCUUCUCAGAGUGCCGUGCACCCAGACCACUGGCCAGGAGAGACCUUCUCUCCCACUCCAGCCCCUCACUGCCCUUCAACUAGAGCUUUCACCUUUUUACAUUUCCCUUCUGAAGGACACAAAUCUGCUUUCCUGCCCAUACACUGGCCCAAGGGCUCACCUAACUUGGGAGGGAAGGGGCUGUUGUUACAAGGAUGAUUUUAUGUUAGACUGCCAUUUUGCACGGUCUCCCCCUUCCCACCUGAUGUGUCCUGCCCCUCAGCUCUUUGCCUUAUCUGUGUCACUGUCACUUUAGCAAAAAUACAGCGGCCAUUUGUAUCAGC